AUGGUGCUGUCAGCGGUAGCGGAGAUGGAUCUCGUCUGCAGCCCGGCCUACUGCAUGUUCAUCGCAAGGCGGAGGAAAAGCUUGGCAGAGGCCGGUCAAAACCGGACGGCGGCAGAGCUCCAAGCUGAGUGGAGAGCCUUGAGCACCGAGAAAAAGGAGUUGGAGUGCUCUGCUGGAGGUUCGGAGAGGCCCGGCUCGGCAGCAGCCGUGAUGCAGACCUUUCUACAGCAGAAGGAGCAGAUAAAGGCGCGACCGCCGCCGGAAAGAGCGCUGAAAAGCGCUCGCAGCGCCAAGCACGAACCCAUCCCAGCUCCGAUCUUCCCAGCGAAGAGGGCCGCACCGGAGGGAUGUUCACGAGAGGACCUCACCGACAGCCUCAGGCGUCAGGCCGCUACACUGGGGAAACUGCCUGCAUGUGGUGACCUCGAGACGGAGAGCGCAAGCUUUCUGGGCCCGCGGCUCACGUUUGACUGGGAGGCAGAGGAUCUCGAGGAGGAGCAGUCCGCGGAACUUGUAGUCACCCCUGCUGAGGGAGCGGACCUGCGUGAUCUUCUCAAGAAG